UCCACACGCCACAAACUAAUCACCAACAAAUCAUUCAUUGAACCCAUGAUGCACUUAUGAGGCGCCUUGACGGUGCGAAUGAUGUACUUUCUUGGGGACUCAAAUGCUGUUGACAUCAUGGUCGCUUCGUACACUCUGUAACUGCAAGAUACAGCAACAGCGCAGGUGAGAGAACUAAAACUGGGACACGUGCUUCAACAUUGAGCAGCAAGAUGGCUCUCCUUGCGAACCAUCUAGAGCAGAUUUCAUUGUCUGCGAAGUCUAUAUCCGAGCUGGAAUUCCCUCCCCCCAAGAUCUUCACAAAUGCUUUGCUCAACAAUCAGGAGAUCACAACCCUGAUUCGCGAUACAGAACCUCAUGAGCGCGCUCUCUUCUCAAUCGACCCCAAUGCUAUCAACAGGAAUCGUCCACAGAAUGGCUUUCGGCCUACAGACACGAAAAAUGGUCUUCAAGGCCGUCAGAGUGGUUUUCCGUCCGCGCGUCCCAUAAAACAAUCGGCGGUCUCAGCGCUGUUGGGCAAAGAGAUGCUCCAGGAGAUCAGACAAUCUAGCAGUGGGCGAUCUCGUGAAGGUGUGAACGUUGAAGUCCUCCUUCGCGGAGCAGAAAGACUCUGUGAGGUGUACACCGUGGCAGGAGCGACAGACAGAAUUCGAGCCCUCCGCAAUCGUCACCGAGAAGUCGCAAGCUCGAUAGCUAUGCUCGAGGACAAAGUCUCCGGGCAACAAUCGCUUUUAAACCGCACGAACCGGGCAUUGAAUCCUGAAGAAGGGGGAGAUAAGAAUGAUCUGGAGCAAGAUCCGGUCUACCACAAUGAUGCGCUUGGCUUCAUGGAAGAGGAUUUCCAGGUGGAAGAGGAAGAAAUCCGCGAGUUGGAGGCUAGGAAGAAAGCCUUGGAAGAGCGUGUCUCUGGCAUGGAAAGAGACCUCGGCGGCCUUCUCAAGUGAUAAUACACGUCUUGAGACGUGGCAUUUCUCCAUGAGCAAUCGAGUGGCUCAGAACCGCGUCAGCCUCGUGCUUGGGCCAAACAGCUGAUUCAAGCGAUGAUUGACGCGUCGAGCCACCUGCGUUUGGGCGACCGACAGACUGAUGCAUACCGCAAAAGCUCCCUGUGUCGUUCACACAUCGGUCCUGUUCUAACGGCUCGUUAAUACGGUUGCAAGUCAGAUACACGGGCGACUCCUCCUAAUGCCUGGCUCGUCAAUGCAGCCGCACUGCGCUGAAUGUCAGCGGUCAUCAUCAUGCAGCGGGCAACAGGAUGUUGAGGCAUUCGCUAUUACCACCCGGUUUCAGAGAGGGUUGUACUCGGUAUAACCAGGGCUACAACAUCACCAUGUGCGUUAACAGAUCUCCCGGAGAAGGAUGUCAAACAGUUCUCAACAAUUUCGCCUCGCCGGCCACCAGCUGACAGGAGUCGGCGGCUUGUGGCAUAUCGCGGCGCUCAAAAGCAAGAGGGACGUGCACUUUCGCUUGGGAGAAAUCCUCUACUCGCUUACGUGGAAAUGAUUCCUUCUUGUCAAUAUUCUCAAAGUCCUAACUCCACCUUUUGCACUCAAGUCAAGACGGAUAGUUAGUAGCAUGUGGCUACCAGGGGCUACUGAAGCCACGCUUCUGUAGUGGGGCGCAUAGCCUUUGUUCUUGUCGACAGUCAGUGCUCCGUGCGAUCAAUCUACUCGGUGAAGGACUAGAAAUAGGUCGAACCUCCUAAAGAAGUAAGACGGUAGACGUUGAAAGUGGAUUGGCGCAUGCUAGGCAAAACUUCGUUGGGGACCAAGAGGGCGACUUGUAGAAUUUGAUGUAGUCUUACCUUUGAGAGAGUCUUGCAUGCAUGCUUCAGGGGGGCGCCGCCUUGUACGUAGGAGGAGGAUGAAAAGGGUAAGGUGGCACCCGAAGCAUACCUAGUAGGUAGC